CUUCUUUCUUUGUUUCUUUCUCUGAUAUUGUAACUACAUCCUCGUCAUGGUUAACGAUCAACAAGUCAUUCUCCAUUGGUAUCCUCAAUCACCAUUUGCACAAAAGAUCUUUUUUGUUCUCAAGUACAAAAAGAUUGAUUUUAAGACUGUAGAGAUAAGUGUCAUGGAACCUCGUCCUCUUAGAAGACCUCUUGACUCAAAUUAUGAACGCACUCCCAUCUUACAAAUCGGUAACCAAGUAUUCUGUGAUACAAAACUUAUCAUUGAUGAGUUGGAAAAGAGAUAUCCUGAACCAAGCCUUUAUCCUUUGACACGAAAUGGACAAUCUAGCAAGACUUUAGCAUACGGUGUGACCCAUUUGUUGAAUACUUCAGUGUUUAGCGCGAUUCCAACUCAAUUCGACUGGUCCAAAUUCCCUCAAGCAUUUAUAGAUAGUCGAUCCAAGUUCAAAGGUGUACCCAUCGAUAUUGCCAAGCAAAAGCAAAUGCAACCUUUCCUCAAGCUUGAACUACAAGCACAAUUGGACCAACUGGUGGAAGGACUCGUAAAUGAUCAAUGGAUAUUGGAUACAGCCCAACCCUCUGACAGCGACUUUAGUUUGGCCAUGAUCACAUUCUUUUUAUAUGCAGUACUUGGACAGGAUUGGACAAAGGAACAUUACCCAUUGUUGGCAGCUCAUUACAAACGCGUCAAUGCAUUAAUUUCCUCGCAACCGACUCCUCUGGAUUUGACAGCAGAAGAAGCUCUCGAAAUCGCCAAGCAACAACAAUCCAUCCCUCCUCAAGGAUCAUCCUCAAGCUCUUCUCUCUUUACCAUAGGUGAACAGGUUUCGGUCACACCCCUGGAUACUGCUAGAACUCCUGCAGUAGGCGAAUUAGUUUCUUUGACUUCUCAACGAGUCAUCAUCCGUACUCAUGACGAUCGUACUGGCUAUGUCUAUAUCCAUUUCCCCAUGGCUUAUUAUGUCGUCACUCCUAUCUCUUCUCGAUUAUAGUUUAGUUAUCAUUUUUAUUGUAUACUAAUAAAAGAAAAUAAAAUGCUAUUUGUAC